CUGGGGCUGGAAACGCUCCUGAGGAGCCGCGUUGCUCGUUAGAGAGCCUGUCCGGUCCGGCCGGUGAAGGACGUGAAGGGUGUUGCUGUGCCUUGACACCGGCAAGAUCACUGGCUGAACUAGAGGUUGGAUGGUACAAUGCUAUUCUUCAGCCAGCCUUUCAUCUCCCCUACCCAGAUGACACACUGGCCUUCGUUGUCCUCAGCACACCUUCAAUGUUUGACAAAGCCCUUAAACCUUUUGUGAACAAAGAACGGUUAAAAAUAAUCAGGGAUCCUGUAGAUCAGUGUGUUUCUCAUCAUUUUUCACGUGUGAAGGAGAAAUUCCCUGACCAGAAGGUGGAUAUCAUCUUUGAUUAUGAGAUUCUGCCAAGCCGAAAGCCCAGGUUCUUGGCACAGACAGCUGCCCAUGUUGCUGGAGCUGCAUAUUACUACCAAAGGAAGGAUGUGAAGCUUGAUCCUUGGGGGAAAAAGAAGAUCUAUGGUGUAUGUAUCCAUCCCAAGUAUGGUGGUUGGUUUGCUAUCCGGGGUCUGCUCCUGUUCCCAGAUAUUCAGGUACUGUUCCUGGAACAGUCUGCCCCGGUUGACUGUGUGAGCACAGAAGAGAAAAGAAUUGAGUUGCUGGAGCAAUUCAAUUUCCACUGGCAGGAUGGCCGCUACAGGGACAUAAUUGAAGUAAAGGAAAGAUAUUCAGAGGAGCAAAAAGCCUACUUUGCCACUCCUCCAGCAGAGAGAUUCAGACUGCUAGGGCUGACACAAGAAGCCCAGAGAAGCACAUUUCACUAACGUGGCUCUGUGAAGGGGCAGAGGGCAAACAAAGUGUAACUCAUCAGCACCUUCUUUUCCACCGUGCUGAGGACGGCGUGCUGAAACAGAGAUGGCAAAUCCAAGCAGCGUGUGCAGCGUCUCAAUCCAAACAGCAGCUCCUCAGAGUCAGAGGGAGCACUGCAUCACAGCACUUGUGGUCUGGAGAAAGGUGGGAGCAGUCUGUGCUGCUGCUGAUUCGGUCUGUCUUUUGGGGAGUCUGGUAAGAUGCCAAUUAGCCUUUGGCUGGGAAAAGUUCAGACACCCUGGCAACUGGAAAACCCGUACUGCUCACCAGAGAAGUAAUUUUUG